CAUCUGCUGGUUUAUAAAUCCAGAGCGAGCUGCCUGUGUAAAAUAUAGCGGCUGUGGAUGGGAGGGGAGUUGACUGCCUGGAAGUGAAAGACGUCGUAUAUAAGUUCAUGUUCUGCUUGUUCAACAGUUGUUUGAUAGAUUACUGUUAUUGCUAUUCAACAUUCGGAGAGGAUUAGACUUUUUUUCUUCAAUUCUUGUCAUUUUGGUGCUGGUGAUUUUCCUUUGGCACUCGCUAAAACCUCUUUGGGAGGCAUCAAAAAUUCCUCUGCAGGAAAAACCCUGGGCAAUGUCUUUGAAAAUGGAGCGGGAUAGACAGCAAGUCAGGAGUAAAUUAGACCUCUGGAUAGUGUCAAAGUACAAUCUGAGCUGCUGUGAAAGGUCUAUGUAGAGAGAAGACAACAGGUGCUGCCUCAAAAAUUUGUAACCCUGAAGAAAUAGAUGAGUGGUGUCCUGUCUCUAAAAUGAGUCAUGUUUUUUCGAAAAAGGAGACCAAAGCUAAGAGACCAAUCCAGCCGGAGAGACAGGCCCCCCCUGUACCCAGCUGUGUGUCCGUGAAGAGUGACCAGUCUAUGGAACUACCUAUAGUUUUCAGAGGGGAUGACUCUUCUGCUGAAAAAAGGCCAAUUCAGCAGGAGGGAAUAGUCUCCCCUGUAUUGAGCUGUGAGUCCAUGAAGAGUGACCACUCUAUGGAACAGCCUAUAUUGUUCAGAGGGGACGACCUUUCUACUAAAAAGGGAUUCCUUUCAAGACAACAAGAGAUAAAACAAGAAACAUGUAAGAGGAAAAUCAGGAAAGACCAACUGCUGCCAUCAGAGUCAAAGAUUCUUAGUGGCCAGUCUUUCCAGAGUCAUCAAAAAGACCUGUCCUCAGUUUUCAGUUUGCUUGAAGUGAAUAUCAUGAAGUUUCUGAAGAAAGAGUUGAAGAGGUUUAAGGAAAUGCUGAGUUCAGAUCUCCCAGAAGGCUUUCAGUGUCAGGAGGAGGAUGUGGAAGUUGUGGCCCCUGAAGAUGAGGAGGUGAGCAGUGCCAAAGAGGGGGCUCUGAAGAUCACACUGCAUUUCCUGAGGAACAUAAACCAGAAGGAGCUUGCUGACAAACUGGAGAAAAGUAAGCUUCCUGUCAUUAGCCAUGGUGAAUUCAAAUCUAAUUUAAAGAAGAGGUAUCAGUGUGUAUUUGAGGGCAUUGGUAAACAAGGAAGACCAACACCUCUCAAUGCAAUCUACACAGAGCUCUACAUCACAGAGGGUGGAAGUGGAGAGGUCAAUAAUGAACAUGAGGUGAGACAGAUUGAGACAACAACCAGACUAGCAAGAUCAGAGAUGCCUAUCAAAUGUAACGACAUCUUCAAACCCUUACCUGAGCAAGAUAAACCUAUCAGAACUGUGCUUACAAAGGGAGUCGCUGGUAUUGGAAAGACAAUUUCUGUGCAGAAGUUCAUUCUGGACUGGGCAGAAGAAAAAGCCAAUAAGGAUAUCCAGUUUGUAUUUUCACUCCCUUUUCGAGAGCUCAAUUUGAUGAAAGGGCAAAAACUCAGUUUGAUUGAACUCCUUAAUCAUUUCUCAAUGGACAUAAAAAAAACAUCAAUCUUUAAGUACAACAAAUACAAAGUUCUGUUAAUCUUUGAUGGUCUGGAUGAGUGCCGACUGCCCCUUGACUUCAAGAACAACAGGAUCUGUUGUGAUGUCACCGAGUUAACGUCAGUAGAUAUGCUGGUAACCAACCUCAUCAAGGGUAAUCUGCUUCCCUCUGCUCUCCUCUGGAUAACCUCCAGACCUGCAGCAGCCAAUCAGAUUCCUGCUGGGUGUGUUGACCAAGUGACCGAGGUACGCGGAUUCAACAAUCUACAGAAAGAGGAAUACUUCAGGAACAGAUUUAUUAAUAAAGACUUGGCAAACAGAAUCAUAUCACACAUAAAGGCCUCAAGGAGCCUUCACAUCAUGUGCCACAUACCAGUCUUCUGUUGGAUUUCUGCAGUAGUCCUUGAACACAUGCUGACACAUAAGAGGGAAGACAUUCCCAAGAAUUUGACUGAGAUGUACACACACCUUGUUGCAUUUCAUAUCAAACAGAAGAAUGAAAAGUAUUCUGCAAUAAAAGGGGCCGAUCCACAAAAAGAGAGCAUUCUGUCACUGGGAAAACUAGCUUUUCAACAGCUGGAGAAAGGUAAUUUGAUUUUCUAUGAAGAAGAUCUGAAAGAGUGUGGUAUGGAUAUCAAUGAAGCAUCAGUAUACUCAGGACUCUGCACACAGAUCUUUGAAGAGGAAUGUGGGCUGUACCAGGACAAUGUGUACUGCUUUGUGCAUCUGAGCAUUCAGGAGUUUCUAGCUGCUGUAUAUGUGUUUUUCUCAUUUGUUAACAAAAAUGACGAUCUAAUGGACAAACCAAAGGGCAUCUUUUCAUUGCACUCCAAUGACAAGUCUGAAAUCACGUUCUACAAGAAUGCUGUGGAUAAAGCCUUACAGAGUGAGACUGGACACCUGGAUCUAUUCCUCCGCUUCCUUCUGGGCCUCUCACUGGAAUUAAAUCAGAAGAACUUACAGAGACUACUGACGACACCGACCAGAAGCAGCUUACAGGGCCAUGGAGAAACAGUCCAAUACAUCAAGAAGAUGAUCAGGGAGAAUCCCUCUUCAGAGAGGUGUAUCAAUCUGUUCCACUGUCUGAAUGAACUGAAUGACCAUUCUCUAGUGGAGGAGAUCCAAAGAUACCUGAGUUCAGGAAGUCUCUCCAGAGAAAAACUGUCACCUGCACAGUGGUCUGCUUUGGUCUUUGUGUUACUGACUUCAGAAGAGGAACUGGAUGUGUUUGAGUUGAAUAAAUACUCCCCAUCAGAGGAAGGUCUUCUAAGGAUGCUGCCAGUGGUCAAGACCUGUAGAGCUGCUCUACUGUCAGGUUGUCAAAUAACAGGGGAAGGCUGUGCUUUUCUGGCCUUAGCACUGAAGUCAAACCCCAAACACCUGAGAAUGCUGGAUCUGAGUAACAAUGACCUGAAAGAUUCAGGAGUGAAGCUGCUCUCUGCUUUGCUAGAGGAUCCACAAUGUAAACUGGAGACUUUGAGGCUUUCAGGCUGUCUGGUCACAGAGCAAGGCUUUGGCUAUCUGGUCUCAGCUCUGAAGUCAAACCCCUCACACCUGAAAGAGUUAGAUUUUCGCUACAAUCAGAUAAAGGAUUUCGGAGUGAAACAGCUCUCAUCAUUGCUUCAAGAUCCACAAUGUAGACUGGAGGCUCUAAGGCUGUCCUGGUGUUUGGUCACAGAGGAAGGUUGUCCUUCUCUGGUCUCAGCUCUGAAGUCAAACCCCUCACACCUGAAAGAGCUGGAUCUGAGUAACAAUGACCUGAAGGAUUCAGGAGUGAAACUGCUCUCUGCUUUGAUAGAGGAUCCACAAUGUAAACUUGAGACACUGAGGCUGUCAUGCUGUCCAGUGGCAGAAGAAGGCGGUGCUUCUCUGGUCUCAGCUCUGAAGUCAAACCCCUCACACCUAAAAGAGCUGGAUCUGAGUAACAAUGACCUGAAGGAUUCUGUAGUGAAGCUGCUCUCUGCUUUGCUGGAGGAUCCACGAUGUAGAUUGGAGACUCUCAGGUUGUCAGGCUGUCUGAUCACAGAGGAAGGCUGUGCUUUUCUGGCCUCAGCUCUGAAGUCAAAUCCCUCACACCUGAAAGAGCUGGAUCUGAGCUACAAUCACCCAGGAGAUUCGGGAGUCACAUUGCUCUCUGCUGGGCUGGAAUAUAUGCACUGCAGCCUGGAGAAACUCAAUCUGGAGCAUUGUGGAAAGUGCCGGCUAAAAUCAGGACUGAAGAAAUAUGCCUGUGAGCUCACACUGGACCCAAAUACAGCGCACAGAAAGCUCUCUCUGUCUGAGCAGAACAGAAACGUGACACAUGUAAAUGUGCAAUCAUAUCCUGAUCACGCAGAGAGAUUUGAGAACCAGGGACAGGUGCUGUGUAGAGAGGGUCUGUCUGGACGCUGUUACUUUGAGGUUGAGAGGACCGGGGGAGAGGCUGCAAUAGGACUGACAUACAAAGGAAUCAGCAGGAAAGGAUGGGGUUAUGACUCUACUCUUGGAUACUAUAGCAAGUCCUGGAGUCUGUACUAUGUUGGUGGCAGGUACUCAGCUAGGCACAAUAAGAAGGAAACUGACAUACCUGUCACCUCUGGCUCCCACAGAGUAGGAGUGUAUCUGGACUGGCCAGCCGGCACUCUGUCCUUUUACACAGUGUCCUCUGACACACUGACCCUCCUGUACACAUUCAACACCACAUUCACUGAGCCCCUUUAUCCAGUGUUUAGGCUUUAUGAAGACUCCUUGGUUUCCUUGUGUUAGGUGUUCCCUGUGUCAAACAAAACGUAAUGUUUCACUCUUAUCACGGUCAUGUUCAGUAGGACACACCCUAGUACAUCAUAGAGAGAAUACCUCAGUAGUAAGUAAAUAUCAUAUGUUAUUCCUGGUUAUUUCACAGGUUCAAUCUUCAGUGGUGUAUUGUCAGAAUCAAUUACAAUGGUCUGUAAAACCGUUUUUAUAAAUCAUUCAUCUUGCUUUCUUUUCAUUAGUAUUUGUUAACAUUGGUGUCUCUACUUUUCAAUGUAUUCUGUGACUGAAUAACAAUGAUCCAGAUUUGACAAAACAAAUAAAGGUGUCUAAAAAUGGAAUACAACUCGAUGAUUAUAAAAUGAAUGUGGUCUCACAUAAGUGUACAAUCUCCUUGAUGUUAUUAAGUGAAGCACAAUGAUCUAGAAAUAAUCAGUUUCAGCUCACCUUGUGUGUUA